GAAACAUUUGAAAAAAAUAUAUCCUGUUAUGAAUUAUAUUAACAGUAAUCUCUCGAUCGUUGAGUCAAGAUUUAUCUAGAAACUAUUAACAGUAUGGCAGAAUCAGAUGUUAAACUCAGGUUUGCACAAGAUGUUGUACCAACUUGUGAGACACAUUAUGAACAAUGCAACAACUUUUUCUGCAACGACUGCGACAAGUUCAUCUGUAUCGAGUGUGCCAAGAAAGACCACCGCGAACAUGACUGGAACACAGUGGGAAACAUAUCAAAACAACGCAAGUCGGACCUAUCUAGGAAAAGUCAAGAAAUCCGAGAGGGGCAUCUUCCUAAACUAACGGAGAAGAUGGCAAAAAUAGAUUCCCUGAUGGAGCAAAACCGUGCACACCGAGACGCCGAGCUUUCUAGACUUGAAACCCACUAUCGAAACAUUGUGACGAGUUUGACACAGGUUGUUGAGGACCGAAAGAAAGAACUGAGUAGAGGACUGGAAACGAAGAACAAAACACUGGCGGAAAUUCAAAGAAAGUUAAAGACGAAGGCCGUCAAACUCCAGGAUACGAUGGAUGAUUUGAAAAAAUCCAAUUUUCUAUCCGACUAUAAUUUACUGAAUGUAGAUUGUGCGCUGAACAGGGUUUUGCCGAUUUCAGAUGGUGAAGAUCUUGAGGAUCUUAAAUACUCACUUCAUUUUAAAGAGGGGUCAUUAACAAAGGAGAGUGUAGAAUUACUUUUGGGUACAGUGAAGGACUACGACGAUUUUACUUUGACCAAAAUCCGCUCCUUCCGCCAUGACAAGAGUGACAUCAUCUGUCUGGAAGUUGACGUCUAUUCUAAUGCUGUGUUGGUGAAUUCAAACCAAACCUACUGGGAUACAGUAAAUACAAAGGGGAAAUUAAAGAGUCGGAACGAGUUUUACAGCCAAAUCAAUGAUUUUGCGGUGCUUCCCAAUGGCGAUAUCAUUUUUUCGGAGAAUGAAAGCCACUCAAUUCAACUCCACACCAUUCAAAUGUCUGCCAAUGACGCCACAAGAACUGUGGCAGACACUUCCCCGCUUACACCGGAAGGAGUUUGCUUAACAAGUGAAGGGGAUAUAUUGGUCACAAUGGCCGACCCAGAAGAUGAGAAUGCCACAGGUUUGGUAAAAAUGUUUUCUAUGCGAGGAAAAGUCAAAAGAAAAUACGAAUAUGACAGCAGUGGAGAGAGACUUUUUAAGCUGCCUUUUAGAGUAGCACAAAACAAAAAUUCUGAUAUUUGCGUUUUAGACAGCCUAGACACUGAACACGGAGUACUUCAUACGAUUUCGAGUGAAGGGCACACCCAAUUCAUCUACAAGGGCGUGAAGAGCCUUCAGCACCCGCUCUAUGCUGCAGACAUAGUGUGUGAUGAUAUCUGCAAUAUCAUACUGAUGGAUGCUAAGAACCAUCACAUCCAUCUUCUGGACUCGGCGGGGAAUUUCUUGAAGUUCUUGACAAGGGAUGAAGGAGACAGAAGACACUCUCUGUCCCUUGCUCUUAGUGGGGAUAUAUUGUGGGCCGGUGGUCACAAUGGCUAUCUCAGUGUGUACAAGUACACCAACAAUUCAUGAUUUAUUUUUACAUUAUAUACUAACUGAACAAAAAAUUAAUCAUUAAUGAAAUCAUCAUUGGGUACUUCAUUUAAAAUAAAAUCAUGAAAGUGUC